AUGUAUCCCUCUCAAACUGCAGCUUCGGGCGUUGAGGGCGACGGCGAAGGCUCCACCGUCAUUGCGGCACACGGUCGCCUUCCAAAAAUUUUAACUUUUGAGGUCAACCCGCAGGAAAUAUGUUUUCGUGAAUUCGAGCCACACAAGACGUACGAGUCACCGCUGCAUUUAAAAAAUAUGACGAAAGAGACGCAGUUCGUACGGGUGAGGCAACCGCAAAGUCGAGUGUUGAAGCUGAGGCCCCCGCGGCGCAAUGUGACGAGUGUGAAGGUUGCGCCUGGUCUCACUGUCACGUAUAAAGUGCUUUUCACACCCGAAGAGAGCCGCAACUACAGCUGCGAUCUCGUUGUUACGACGGAGAGGGAGGAAUUUACAGUCCCUUUGCAUGCAAUAGCGAGCCGUGGUCAACUGACGUUGCCGGAGUCUUUUACAGUGGCACCGUGUCCUGUAAAAAGUACUGGCACAACCAGCCUUUUUAUCCGUAAUACGGGAAAGCUAGAAUGCCAGUGGCGUGCAGAGGCGUCUUUGCCAUUUACCGUAACCCCGUCCUCUGGUGUUUUGUCUCCAAAUGGAGGGGUGUUUCCCGUAAGUGUUGGAUUUGCACCAACGAGGCUUCAACAGUACGAAUCAACCAUUUGUUUCCUUCUUGGCCCGGAGGGAGAUGUGGUUCAGAAAUUGCCUGUCGUUGGAAAUGCGGUAGAGGUGGAAGUGGUGUUGGAGCAGAACACAUUAGAGUUUCCAGUCACCUUUGUGACGCUGGAGAGCCAGGCAUUGGUGCGUGUGCGGAAUGACAGUGGAUACACGGUUUGUUUUUCAUGGAAAUCCGAUCGCAGCUUUGCAGAAGAAAGGCGCGCUAUGGAGCAGAAUCUUCUGGGGCAGACGGAGGCUGUCACGCAUGCCGUCUUGACGAGCUCAAAAAAUGAAGCAACUCGAAGACGUCUGAUAGAAGAGCGCCGUGAAACACUUGCGGGAGGGGGGCGUGUGUUUGAUGAUGAUGUAUUCACCCUGGAACCUGUGAGCGGUACAAUCUACGCAAAGGGCAGCCAAGAGUUUAUUGUCACGUUUAAUCCACAACUUGCCAUGGACUAUAUUGCCACCGCGUAUCUUGACAUUGGUGGCAGGCGACAGCGACUCCCCCUUCAGGUGAAAGGAACGGGCAUUGGUCCACAAUGCGAACUUGAGUACACCCGUCUUGACAUUGGCGAAGUCUUUGUCGGUGCGGUGCAUGAGUACCAAGUGGAUAUUAUAAACAAGGGAUGUAUAGAGGCACGCUAUGCCGUUCUUCCACAAAAUACACUUAUGGGACGAAAAUUUAUCUUUCAGCCUUCCGAAGGCGUAUUGGCGCCCGGGACGCAAGAGACACUUUUUAUUCAACUUCAGACAGAUCUUGUGGGUCUUAUUUCUGAGACAUUUCACAUUCAUUUGCAUGGGUCUCUGGAUGAAUUGACAAUACGCAUUCGAGGAAGUGUCACAGGACCCGCGCUUCGGUUUGAGGUGGAGGAGUUGGACUUUGGUAACGUUUCAUACAACUGUCUACACUCCCGUGUAACGCAGAUGGUAAAUGUGGGGCAGGUGCCGAUUACAUUUCGACUUCGCGUCCCCGAAUCCAGUUUGUUACACGGGCUCAUUACUGUAUCUCCAUCUGAGGGAAUUAUUUUACCAAAGCAACAAGAAGAAAUACACGUGAGUCUUGUCUCCGACAUAGUAGGGAACUGCGAGACGAUGUUACUGGUGGAUGUGGAGGGGGUUGGCGAUGGGGUGGAUUCAAUUCCCAUCAAAGCGGCAUGUCUUGUACCAACACUUUGUCUUUCCACGGAAAGGCUGCAAUACGGCACAUGUUUUGUUGGCCACGAGUACGUCAUGAAUCUGGAGGUUGUUAACAAGACCGCACUGCUUGGAAAGUACAAUUUGGUUUUACUCAAUGAGGAAGGCGUUCGGGCGGCAAAUGCCAUAGUUGUCAUUGACUCACCAGAGGGGUCACAGGCCCCAAAGGUGAUUGAACCUCAUAGCCGGUCUCAAGUGCCGGUGAAACUGACCCCAUUGGCAGUCGGUGGAUUACAAAUGACUUUGUACGUACGCGUGCUGGGAUCCAAUGAGCCGCCGCUGCCUGUCUUAUUGACGGCAACAGCACGUGGCCCUGUGGUGACGGCGGAACCCAAGUCGCUUGCAUUCGGUACAUUGGUGUUGCUGGAGCCUUCAGAGCGAGAGUUUGUGCUGACGAAUACAAGCCCCAUUCCCGCCUUCUUUUUUGCCAAUUUUCCGGAGACGAGCAAACGCAACAGCGUCUCCACUGCUUUUUGCAUUGAACCGUCAAAGGGGGAAAUUCCUCCACACAGGAGCACAACUGUCAAGGUGACGGCACGUCUUGACGAUGCGCGGCUUUUUUCAGAGCAGAUUCAAAUAAUUGUGAGGCACGCUGAAGAAGAUCCGCUGUUUGUUUCUGUUACCGCAAACGGUAAGGGAUAUGCUUUGGUUCCCAUCGGCCCCAUUGAGAAAAUUGAUUUUGGUGACGUUUUUACUUCGACGAUGGCGGAGAAAAACAUUCUCUUACGUAAUGAAGGGAGGCGGGAUGUUGAGGUGUUGUGGAGUGGCGCUCGUGCAAGGGCGGGCGGUUUAUCUCCUGUGUUCCGCAUCGUUCCUGAGACUGUUGUGAUUGGCGCCGGAAACAGCUGCACCUUCACUGUCCAAGGCUUGGUAGAUGAGGCCGGGGUUUUCACGGAAGAAUUUCUUUUGAAGGAUAAGAAGGAGUUCCGACUGAUAUUCACCACAUGUGUCACUGGGAACUUUGUUUUGCCUGUCAUUGCCUACAGCAAGAAACGGAUUGUCUUUGAUUACGUCUACGGCGCAGAGGGUGAAACGGGAAAUGCGGUCAUAAUGAAGACGUUUACCAUGAAGAACACAACAACUCAAUCUCUGGAUGUGACACUCAAACGCGUGGAGAAAUCAGGUGAGGCAGCUUCUCCAUUCACGUUGGUCAGCCCAAAAUCCUUCACUCUUAUGAGCGGUGAAACGCAAAUUGUUGCCGUCAACUGUGACGCCUGCUACCGUCACGACAAUGUCGCUCACACGGCGAAGGGUAGGAUAUUGGUUGCAUUCGCCAAUCAUCCCUUCAGUGAGUAUGUGAGCUUGUUGGCCAAUAUUGCAUUCCCAUCCAUCCGCAUUGAACCAGAGGACCGGCAAGUAAAAUUCGGCUCUAUUCUUACAAAUACGGAGGGACGCUCAGAGCUUACUCUUACAAACUUGUCACCUGUUGUUCCGGCUGAAUUUUAUUGGAGUAUCGAGUACCGCAGCGAGGUCCCUUCGGAGCAGCCACAGCGAGAUCAGAAGCGUUUUGACUUUGUUCCCUUUCGGGGGGUAAUUCCUCCAGGAGGAAAACGUGUUGUUGAGGCUGUUUUUUACGGCACCCGAGGUCGACAUGAUGCCACGGCAACAUGUACUUUAAAAGGGGGACCAAGUUACAAUGUGAGUCUCAUUGGUUGGAGUGAUGUCACCGUACGGUUUGAAUCCACAAGUCUUGAUUUUGGUGUGAUGCAUUACUUGGAAAGGGCGAAUAAGACCAUCUCCAUCUUCAGUCCUUCUCGCGUUGCCCGUUCAUUUACUGUGAACACUAUCGCACUCAAACAACCUGGAUCGAUAGUGGUGAGGCCCAUGAAGGGUGUGGU